GCGGACGGGCGCGGGGCCGGCUGAGGUCUGCGCGGAGGCUGAGCCGGCCGCCGGCGCGACCGGAGACAGUCACUGCUGUUCUGCUUUUAUGACUUGGAGAUAUUGGCUUCGGUUCUCUAGAUUCUUCAGCAGUCCUGGAGACACAUUUCUGUUACUAUGGCAAUGACGGCAGGGACUACAGCCACCUUUCCAAUGAGCAACCAUACCCGGGAAAGAGUAACUGUGGCCAAGCUCACGUUGGAGAAUUUUUACAGCAACCUAAUUUUACAACAUGAAGAGAGAGAAACCAGGCAGAAGAAAUUAGAAGUGGCCAUGGAAGAAGAAGGAUUAGCAGAUGAGGAGAAAAAGUUACGCCGAUCACAACAUGCUCGCAAGGAAACAGAGUUCUUACGGCUCAAGAGGACCAGACUUGGCUUAGAUGACUUUGAGUCUCUGAAAGUCAUAGGAAGAGGAGCGUUUGGAGAGGUGCGGCUGGUCCAGAAGAAAGAUACAGGCCAUAUCUAUGCAAUGAAGAUACUGAGAAAAGCUGAUAUGCUUGAAAAAGAGCAGGUGGCUCAUAUUCGAGCAGAAAGAGAUAUUUUGGUAGAAGCAGAUGGUGCCUGGGUGGUGAAGAUGUUUUACAGUUUUCAAGAUAAGAGGAACCUUUAUCUAAUCAUGGAAUUUCUCCCUGGAGGUGACAUGAUGACAUUGCUAAUGAAGAAAGAUACCUUGACAGAAGAGGAAACACAGUUCUAUAUUUCAGAGACUGUUCUGGCUAUAGAUGCGAUCCACCAGUUGGGUUUUAUCCAUCGGGAUAUUAAACCAGACAACCUUUUGUUGGAUGCCAAGGGUCAUGUAAAAUUAUCUGAUUUUGGCUUAUGCACAGGAUUAAAGAAAGCUCAUAGGACUGAAUUCUACAGAAACCUUACCCACAACCCACCAAGUGACUUCUCAUUUCAGAACAUGAACUCAAAGAGGAAAGCAGAAACAUGGAAGAAGAAUAGGAGACAGCUGGCAUAUUCCACAGUUGGGACGCCAGAUUACAUUGCACCGGAGGUAUUCAUGCAGACUGGUUACAACAAAUUAUGUGACUGGUGGUCUUUGGGAGUGAUUAUGUAUGAAAUGCUAAUAGGAUAUCCGCCUUUCUGCUCUGAAACACCUCAAGAAACAUAUAGAAAAGUGAUGAACUGGAAAGAAACUCUGGUAUUUCCUCCAGAGGUGCCUAUAUCUGAGAAAGCCAAGGAUUUAAUUCUUAGAUUUUGUAUUGAUUCUGAAAAUAGAAUUGGAAAUAGUGGAGUAGAAGAAAUAAAAGGUCAUCCUUUUUUUGAAGGUGUAGACUGGGGGCACAUCAGGGAAAGGCCAGCAGCAAUCCCCAUAGAAAUCAAAAGCAUUGAUGAUACUUCAAAUUUUGAUGACUUUCCUGAAUCUGAUAUUUUACAACCAGUGCCAAACACCGCAGAACCGGACUACAAAUCCAAAGACUGGGUUUUCCUCAAUUAUACAUAUAAAAGGUUUGAAGGGUUGACUCAGCGUGGCUCUAUCCCCACCUACAUGAAAGCUGGGAAAUUAUGAAUGAAGUCACAUUCGCCCACAACCAAGAGAACUCAGGUAGCUGCAUCACCAGGCUUGCUCGGCAUAGGUAACAAUACACUGAAAUUCUCCUGAAGACGGUGGUGCUUAUGACUACAAGAGGAAAUUCUACAGGAUUAGGAUUUCUAAGACUACUAUAGGAAUUGGUUGGCAGUGCCAGCUGGCGUUUUUUGUGUUGGUUUUUUUUUUACUAUUUUAUUAUUUUUGUUAACUUUAUUAUACGAAGGUACUGGAAUAAAAGAAGCGUACAUCCCUUUCUAACUGCACUGCCUACAUGUGUAUUAAGGUCCAUUUUGCCUGUGUGUGCUGUGGCUUUGUACUGUAACACCUUUAAUCAAUGCAGGAGAAACACAUAUCAUUUAAAGCAACAUAGGCUAACCAGUAGGUAACACUGCAGUACUGCUGUUUUACUGCAGAUCUUAUGGGUCUAGAUAAUCAACAAAAGCCAUCUUGCAUAGUUGGUGUUAGAACACUUGCUGUAUUGGUUGGGACAUCUAUAGAAUACAUAUGAAGACAAUUUCUAUAAUGCUUUUAAGAAAUUUUAAAAAGAAAAUACACUGGUUAUUUAAAAAAUAGAAUUUAUCAUCAUGUUAUGACACAAACUCCAUAGUAGGGAGUGACAAGUUUUUAACAAGGAGGAAGUUUAACACCUUCACUCAAGCGCUCCACUAAUAUAUUUACUUUGCAUUCAGAAAUACUGAUGACCUUUAUAUACGUAGUCUGUGUACUCACAGGGGAGAUGUACUAUACUAUAUAUUAUAUAAAAUGUAAAGUUACUUUUAUUGUGACAAGAGGACUUCUUUUUUAACAAGAGGACAUGACAUUAUUUUAAUUUGAUUAUGGUGAGUUGAAUAUAAGAAAUGACCAAGAAGGCUGCUUGUAGAACUAGUGUAUUUUUAUUAAACUAUUUUUUUAAAUGUCAAACUUCUGAUCAUGUAAAUGGACUUGUAGAGUACAAAGAGUUAUUUACUUUGGUUUUCUAGAAAGUUGUUACAUAUCAUGGCUGGUUAACUUUUAUUUUUUUUUAAUGAAAAUUUUUCCUUUGACAGUA